UUAUUUAUCUUUUGCAAAGAUAUUUUGAAGUAAACGCCACUGUUGUGUCCGACGGAUAUGUUUGAGUUGACUGUUUCCAGUCGGACGUGUUAAGGGACGGAAGGCAAACAGCCACGUAGUAAAAGGCGAUUCUGGUUUGGUGAGCUUUCCUUAUGAUUUUAAUGUACUUAUUGAAUGUGUCAUUUUCUAGUCAGCCCAUAGACAUUUAAAUCAUGCUAGACGAAACGUAUAUAUUGUCACAAUAUGUGAUGAUUCAAAGAUGUAAUCUAAACACGGGCUCAGACUUUUCCCGAGCGACCGAGUUAGCAACUUUGACGUUAGCUUACCGCAAACAUACUGUAACUCCCUUUUUGGCCAUCACCACCAGCUAACGUAAUGUUUAUUAUUCAUGGCUUCCAAUUACAAACUGCGUCUUUGUCAAUUGCAAUUUCCGUGUAUUCUAUGCAGUUCGCCUCCAUGUGAGUUUGUUGUUGUUUUCUGUUGAUAACUUAAGCUUUACUGUGUGAAACAAACCAAUAAAUUUGCUAAUUCGUGCAGUUCGGAAAGGUUUGAUACCACUAGAACGGACAACUUCCAAUGUCUUCGAAAGAUAUUAUUUGUCGUCGGCAUGCCUAAUCCGCCCAUCGUUUGGUUUACAUUUACACCAACUGAAAUUGGCAGUUGGGUGUGUUGAUGCUUAGUUAUUGAGGCAACUGUUUCUCUAAUUCCUGAAGCUGAAUUGCUUGUUCGCUGGUUGGUGACAAUUAACCAAGAAUAAAUAAUGAAGCAUACUCGGACUUAAUAAGUUAUACACUGUGUUUAAUUUAAUGUGUCGCUGUUUUCAUUCUACGCAAGAGUAAAAAGUUGUUGCCACUGACGUCAACUAAUAAAUUUAACACAACGCAGUCUGGUCAACUGAUAAAAAUCGUCUUGUUUGCUCUUCACUCUCAAGCAUUAUUCCCACUCGUUAAGAGGCAUUGCUUUAUCUGUAACAUGGAGCUUUUACCAAAGUGUUAUCCAUAUGUUUGUCUCACUCAGUGAUUUAUCUUUUCAGUUCUGUUACUUUGUGAAUCUUGGAAAGCACCUGCUUUCAGUUAUUCUGUUGCUUCCCUAUGAGGACCCAGAAGGAUCAUCUAUAAAUAAGCAAUGGACAUUCAAAAUUAAUACACCGCUCAAAUGGAGAUCCAUCCUGGUCAAGAUCACUGCACUUUGAAAUUCCAAGAGGCUGAAAAUGAGAAACAUUUAGAGGAACAAGGGCUUGAUGGUAAUCCAAAUGCUACCAAGGGGAUCCACAAUGGUCCCAUCAGCUCGGAUGUGAUGCCAAAUGGAGACAAAAUGUCCGAGGGCAUUCAUGCUGCGGGGAUCUCCCAUGCUAAUGGGUCCCUGUCUCCAACAGCCCUUCUUCAGAGCACCAGCUCCGCAGUCAACCCCCCAAAUCAAGUGGCUUCCCCAGGUGUGACUGCUUAUCCACCCAUGAUGCUUGAACCUGAGCAGGCUGUUGCUGAGGUCACGGGUCACACGGGUGAUGCAUUGCAGUCACUCAGACUCAGUAUGCCUAUGCAGGAGACAGAUUUGUCCAACCAGAAGCCUUCAUUGGAAAUGGAAAAUGAGGAGAAGAUUCGUCUGGAGGCUCGCAGGCGCCUAGAAGAGCAGCUGAAACAGUACAGAGUGCAAAGACAUAAGGAGAGGUCUCACCGCGGUACAACAAGAAACAGGCCAUUCAGUACCCUGGAUCCAGAGUUAAUGCUGCAUCCUGAGGCUCUUCCCAGGGCCGAUACAGUUGCCAUGACGAAGGAGUAUUCCUUCCUGAGGACCAGUGUACCCCGUGGUCCUAAACUCGGUAGCUUAGGCAUUCCCACCACCACCAAAGACAAGAAAUCCAGAUCCUCCCGCGCAAGCAAGAUCCACUCUUUAGCUGACUACAAAGCUCCAGAGAACGAUGGUGGAGGUGAGACAGUAGGUGGAAUAAAGACUGCGGACAACACUAUGGGCUCCAUCCAGUCCACCAUCAGUUCAGUAUCCGCUGUGUCCAAGGUCAGCGUGAUGUCACAAUCAGUCACCUGUGUGGAAGAAGGGCGAUCUGGUGUUUCGCUCCAGGUUGGGGAAAAUGUCCCUGAGGUUGAUGGUGGUGAAUCAGGAGCGAGGCCUGGAAACGAUGGCAAUGACAGUGACAGCUCAUCCUACAGCAGUGCUUCCACCAGGGGAACCUACACCAUGUUUUCUGCUGCCAUGGAUAGGCAGCAGGGGGCCUACACGGUUGAAGGACGGGAGAUUGCUCCAGAAGCCAUGGGUCAAUUUCCCUCCCUGCAUGAAGUCUUGCAAGCAGCCAGUGAUGAGCAGCACCUACAGCAAUUGGAGCAAGAAGGCACCGGAGAACCACGCAGCCGCAGAGACAGCUUCUCAAGCAGUAUCUCUUUGGAGAGUUCUGUCCUGGGGCAUGACGAAGUGCUGCAGGUGCUCAAAGAAAAAAUGAGACUAGAAGGCCAACUGGAAUCUUUGUCAUCUCAGGCCAACCAGGCUUUAAAGGAGAAGACGGAGCUGCAGGCCCAGCUUGCCACUGUAAAUACUCAGAUGCAGGCUCAGAAGGCAGAGGUUCAGUUUAGCCAGGAAAAGCAAAGCGUCCUCACAAGUGAAGUCAGCACUUUGCGCCAGAAUUGUAGCCAACUAGAGAAAGCAAUGGUGGAGCUCCAGGGCAAUUUAGAGAGCAAAAAUGCCAGUCUGGCAUCACUAUGCAAUGACCUAAAUGUGGCUGAAGACCAAUACAACAGGUUGAUGGGGAAGGUGGAUGAAAUGCAAAAGACUCUCAAGUCAAAGGACAAUACAGUCCAGGAAAUGCGACUGCAAAUGGGUGGUCUUCAAAACCAGCUACAGCAGGUCCAGCUGGAGCGCAGCACUCUACAGAGUCGACUGAAAACCUCCCAGGCAGAGAUUGACUCACUCCAGCAGGUCCGGCAGUGGUACCAACAACAGCUAGGCCUGGCUCAAGAGGCUCGAGUGAGACUGCAAAGUGAAAUGGCUAACAUGCAGGCUGGAAAAAUGACACAGACGGGUGUUCUCCAACAUCUGAAACUAGAGAAUGUGACACUGUCCCAUCAAUUGUCUGAGAGUCAACAUCGCUCGAUCAAAGAAAAAGAACGUAUUGCUGUUCAGCUGCAGAGCAUUGAGGCAGACAUGAUGACUCAAGAAGCUGCUUACAAGCAGAUCCAAGAUGCCAAAACUAUGGUGGAGGAUGACCUGCAACACAAACUAGAAGAAUUUGAGGAAGAACGGGAGCGCUUAAUAAAAUUGGCCAACAGAGCCAGUAACUUGGAAAUGGAGCUAGAACAGGUGAAGUUGAACCUUUCCCAGAAGGAUAUACAGCUGCAGUCUCUCCAGAAAGAACAUUUGGAACUGAUGCGCCAGCUGACCAUCACUCAGGAGAACUUGCAUACCAAAGAGCAGUCAAUCAACCAGCUCGAGGCUCGAUACGUCGAGCUGGAAGCCCGUCUAGUUGAGCUGCAGGCAGAGAGCAAUAGCAAAGAUGACAACAUCCAGUAUCUCCAGAACGAGAAGAUUGUUCUGGAGGUAGCAUUGCAGACGGCCCGAGUCGACAAGAGCCAACUUGAUGAAAAUGCUGAACGGCUUGGAGAGGAUGUUUUGGUGGCCUCAGAUGUGUUGGAUCGUCUGAAACAGGAAGUUCAGGUCAAAACCAGUCAGAUUGAAAAGCUACAGCAAGAAAAUGGUUCCUUGAAAAAACAAGUUCAAAAAUUGAAAGAGCAGUUUCAACAACAAAAGGUGAUGGUGGAAGCCUACCGUCGGGAUGCUAACUCCAAAGACCAGUUGAUAAGUGAACUCAAGUCGACUAAAAAGCGUCUUCUGACAGAGGUGCAGGACCUAAAACGAGAGCUUCUGGAUAUUCAGGGAGAGAAACAAAAGGGCGAUUUGGAGCAGGCCCGGUUGCAGAAGGAAGUAGUUCGAGUCCAAGAACAGAUUAAUAACAUGGAAAGCCAUCUACAAGACAUCCAGAGGGAAAGAGACCACCUCGAAACACAGAUCCAGUCCAUGCAGUUUGAUCAGAGUCAGCUUGUGGCUGUGACAGAAGAGAAUGAAAGUCUUCGAAAACAGGUGGAGAAAAUGGAAACGGAAGCCAAAAAAGCCAUCUCGGAGCAAAAAGUGCGUAUGAAGCGGCUGGGGACAGAUUUAACCAGUGCUCAGAAGGAGAUGAAGGCCAAACACAAGGCAUACGAGAAUGCUGUGAGCAUUCUGAGUAGGAGACUGCAAGAGGCCCUGACUGACAAGGAAACGACUGAGGCUGAGCUGGUCAAGCUCAAAGCUCAUCUGUCAGAUGGAGGAAGCAAUCACAUCCUGCAGGAGAAGAUUGAAUCUCUUCAGACUGCACUGGAGGUCGUGACCAAAAGCAAAGCAAUGUUAGAGAAGGAGCUUGAGGAAGUCAUCAGCCUCACUUCCACAGAGUUGGAGGAAUACCAGGAGAAGGUCCUGGAGUUAGAAGAUGAGCUUCAAGAGUCACGAUGCUUCAAGAAGCGGAUCCGAAAACUAGAGGAUGCUAACAAGAAGCUAGCACUUGAGCUGGAACAUGAAAAAGGAAAAUUGGCUGGACUAACACAAUCCCACAGUACACUGCGGGAACAUGCCAAUAUCUUGGAAUCUGCUUUAGCAAAGCGAGAGGCUGAUCUAGUACAGCUCAAUUUGCAGGUUCAAGCCGUUUUGAAACGCAAAGAGGAGGAGGACCAACAAAUGAAGCAGGUGGUGCAAACUCUUCAGCUUGCCUUGGAAAAAGAGAAAACCAAAGUCAAAGAUCUUAAAGAACAGGUGGCAACAGCAAAGGAUGAAGCAGCCCACAAUAGAAGGCACUACAGGGCUGCUAUGUUGGAACUGUCAGAGAUCAAGAAAGAUCUGCAGGCCAAAGAAGACUUGGUCAAAGCUCUGCAACAUGAAGCCCACAAGCUACAAUCUCAGGAUGAGAAGCAUUCUCAGGAGAUCUCCAGAUUCCAAGAGGAGCUGGCUGAAGCUCAUUCCCAGCUCCAGAUCCUCCAGAAACAACUGGAUGAAGAGUUGUCGAAGAAGCCCCUCACUAACCAGGAGGUUGAGGACCUUAUGUGGGAGGUGCAACAAAGGCAGAGGGAGAUUGAGACUCAGAAGCAGCAAUUGGAGAUGAUGGGGGAGUGCCAGCACAGGGAGCUGGACAGCCUGCAGACAGCUUUGCAGAACAUAAAGGUAGAGUUGGAGACAGUCCAAGAGGAGCUGAGUGUUACAAGGAAGGACAAGUUCAUGCUACAAGCUAAAGUGGGUGAGCUGAAGAACAGCAUGAAGACCAUUCUGCUACAAAACCAGCAACUCAAGCAGGACCUCAAACAGAACCGCCUAAGGAAGCAGCAAAGGAUGGAGUUAAAGAGUGAAGGGACCCCAUCCAACCCAGUGACGCCGGUAAAGAUCCCUGACUGCCCGGUGCCUGCCUCGCUUCUUGAUGAGUUACUAAAGCCAUCAACUUCAGUCAACAAAGAGCCGCUCAACAAUUUGCACAAUUGUUUGCGGCAGCUCAAGGAGGAGAUGGAUAGUCUUCAGAAGCAGAUGGAAGAGCACACAGUUACAGUGCAUGAGUCAAUGAGCUCAUGGCCAAACACAGAGGAAGGACUGGCUCAACUGGGACUUCAAAACAACAUUUCUAAUGCAUUGAAGCCACUGAACAACACAGUGGUAGAAGGUCUUGAAGAGGAAGAGCAGCAGUCAUAAAAGCAAACUUUUGUUAGGCUGUGACGACGGUGGAGUUUUAUCCACAAAACUGUCUUUUUGGCAGUUAUUCUAUUUUUUCUUUUUAAACAAUGGCUGGCAACAUUUGACAUUCUUCUCCAAUCACCACAGGAGUGCUAUUGCAGACUAAUACUUAUACCAUAGCUUUCUUCUUUUUGCUCUUUAUUAUUUGAUGAUUGUUUGUAUUGUUAUGCCCUUGUGAUACUUAUUUAUUAAGAGUUUAAUAAUUAGACAAUAACCACAUCAAUACAAACCCUGAGAUUCUAAUUUGUUGAAACGGUUGGAGCAUUUGAGCAGUUGAGGUUUUCGGUAUGCGUCUCCUUCCAAUUUGGAAUCAGCGGCUUUGAUGAGUGACUGACAAUAACAUGUAAUGAGAUGUGACUAAGCCACAAUGGCUAAGACCCGUUCUUCCAUUUCUUUGUGCCUGUACUCAGCUGAUGUCUUUCAUUUAGGAUUUAACUAACAGGGUUAGGGUUACUCCUUAACAGUUAAGCACCCUUGUGCGCACUAAACUUUUUUUGUUUUGUUUUUGGCUAUUGUUAAAAUGCAGUAAGUCUUCAUUUUUAUUGUAACAGUUAGACCUCAUCAACAUGAGUCUCGUUUAGGUAUGGAAGUGUCUUUGUCUAGGAUGGGUUGUCAUUGUUUGUGUGUGUGGUGGGGGAUGGGGGAGCCUUAAGUAGUCGUUAUUAUGCUGUCAUGGAAUCUGGUUAACUGAAUUGCUGAGGGUAAGUGCAAGAUGUAAUAUAUUUAUGAAAACAUGUUCAAAUAUGCAGGCCACCUUUAACUGUCAGCAUGCCCAUUGAUGAAAAUGUAACUGAAAGAAAGCAAAGUAGCAUGUUGCAAGAUGGCCACCACCAACAGCUGGUGUUUCUCCAUGUUCUUUUAUUUGUGUACAUGGUGAUGAAAGGUCAAGUGACUACAGUAUCAUAUACUGAUCUUGUUGUAUGACUACUGGUUUAAGUUAAUUGUUUCCAGACGUUGAUAUUUUAUAUGAUUUCAGAUUGAUCAUUAAUGUUUAAUAGUGUAAAGAAAAUACAAGUUAUGAAAAACUA